AGGGAAAGGUAGUGGAAAGAAUAAUAAGCUAAUUACAAAACUGAGACAACACAAUUUUCAGAACUAAAAGAAUAUCAGAACCAUCCCUUGUACUUCCGCGACGUUUCUCUCAUCACCUCCACCGCUGUUUAUCUCUCCAAUCGAACUUCCACUUCCGAUGGCAACCCCUGCCACAACCGCCGCCGCCACCACCCCCACCCCCACCACCACCAAACCAACUGAGGAAAACCCUCUCGAAACCCUAGACUCCACCUCCCCCAAACCCCUCUCAGAUUCAAUACCCGACGACAAAGAUGCAAACGACAACAAAACCAAAGAAACACCGGCUGAAACCGAAGGCGACGCUCCACUUUCCGAUGUUCAGAAGAAGAUGCGCCGCGCAGAGCGAUUCGGUAUUUCCGUCCAGUUGUCCGAGAAAGAGAAGCGCAAUUCACGAGCCGAAAGAUUUGGUUCUGCUUCUGUAUUACAGGGACCUGAGGGAUCAAAAGCGGAAGAUCUGAAACGGAAGGCUAGGGCAGAGAGGUUUGGGAUUCCUACUCCUUCUACAGCUGCCGACGAGGAUGCAAAGAAGAAAGCUCGUCUUGCUAGGUUUGCACCUGGUUCUAAGGCUGAUCCUGCUGAGGAAGAUAAAAAGAAAGCAAGAGCACUCAGGUUUUCAAAGGCAUCAUCAACCCCUCUGUCUCAACAAGUCAAUGCUGAAGCAAACAUUGAGCCUGCUGCUAUUACGGGUAAUGCUGGAGGAGGGACCUGAUUUAUCAGCUUGCUUCUUUUAUUGUAGGAUUUUCUUUCUUUCUUUUAUAGUUUUUAGCACUUCAAUAUUCAGAAUGGCUUCCGCACACCGUAUCUACUCUUUGAACUAUUAAUCCCCAGAUGCAUCUACCUUCCUCCAAGCCGUAGAUAGAUUCAAGUGUUCAGAUGUCGCCUGCUUUUGUUUCGUUUCGUCUCAGUAUUGGCUCUCUAGGUGUCACCUCUGGGUAAAUAUUGGCCGUCUUCAUAGUGUCACUUAUCUUAAAAUCAGCAAAGAUUUUAAUAUUAGAAUCUACAGCCUUCAAAAAUUUAGAUGAAUGAAUGUUUUUUUAUAGGAACUUAUCUGUUUAAAGUUAUCUUCUGUUCGUUAAAUGCUCAUUAUCACUGUGCCAAAAGGUAGUGCUAGAUUGGUUUUACAGGUCCAAUGUAUCGCUGAUCCAGAAUUUGGUAAUGUUAGCAGCAUAGGUUUUGUUGUUUAGUGUGUCUUUGAAGGGCAAUGAAUAACUGUGAAAUAGGCCCUUCUAUUAUAUACUAGCAGCGUGCAUAAUGCAAGAUGAACUUUUUUCUGGUAAGUGCAUGACAUGUAUUUUGGGGAGAGGUGGGUAAAGUUAGAUUUCUUCAUCUUCUUUGAGUAAUAAGGCUCACUCAGGUUAUCUAUUUUAAUUGUUCUAGGCCUAGUUUCUUUCUAACAAAUUUUAAAGGGGGAGUGCAAGCAUGGAACUACUGAUAAUGGCUGCAUUUGUACUUUUGCAUCUGACAUGCUUUCCUCCAUCCCUUUUAUGUUCUGAGUUUUUUGUUGCUGUGUUUAUGCCCCUAUUUCACUUCUAUGGUUGUAUCAUGUUUGAAUCAUAUGAAAAAAAGUGAUCACAGCACAUUGCAUGAAUCUGAAGCAUGCCCUUUGAAAAAGGAUCAAUAUACUAUGUGGCUGAAUCCUGAUGCUUUUUUAUGUAGGUGCUUAAACUUGACUUUUUUUUUUAAUUAAGGCUGUAGCUUCUAAUUUCUAUUACCUUUGCUGUUAUUUUAAAGAUAAGUGAACACUUUGAAGUUUUAUAUCCGAAGUUGCCAACAUAGAAAAUUGUAUAUCUGUAGUGCUGGAUGUGGAGAAAACUCUGUAAUUUUUUGUUGUUGCUGAGAUAGUAACUUGUAAUCUAUUUCGUAUGGACCAAAGCUUGGAGAAUAUAGUAUUCUGUUUCUGGGGUUGACAUUUCUUUCUUGGCUGUACAAAUGAAUGGAAGGACCAUUAUUUCAUACAA